AUCACCGGCAAACAAAACGGAGAAAACAGAACGUUAGUUGAUAUUGCGACUCAUUUGCAGUGCGAACUUCGAAAAUGGCUGAUCGUCCGUGUGCUGGAAACCUUCUCCGUAUCGCAGGAGCCAUAAUCCUGCCUAAUCUAGGCGGGAUCUACAACGGCAGGCUAACUAGACAGCACAUUCAAAACUGGUAUGCCAAUCUUAAGUUCCCAUCUUUCAAGCCGCCCAACUGGGUGUUUGCGCCGGUGUGGACAUCCCUGUAUGCCGGAAUGGGUUACGGAUCCUAUCUGGUGUGGCGGGAUGGCGGAGGACUUGCCGGGGAGGAAGCCAGGCUACCCUUAAUAGCCUACGGAACCCAGCUGGCAUUGAACUGGGCUUGGUCGCCGAUCUUUUUCGGCCAGCACAACAUUAAGGGAGGGCUUAUUGACAUAGUCGCACUUUCGGCGUGCGCUGGAGCGUGCGGAGUUCUUUUUUACCGGGUCAACAAGGUCGCCGGUUUGCUCUUUGUACCCUACGUCGCCUGGCUGGGAUUUGCCACUGCACUAAAUUACGCCAUCUGGAAACUUAAUCCGGAAAAGGAACCAGCCCAGGAGGACGAGAAACCCUCUGGUAGUCACGGCAAGGCCAAUUAAGCACAGGAUAAGUUUUAAGUUUCUUUCAUAUUUUGUAUGUUUCAAUAUAUCGAACCAGGGAUGGCUAAGUUGGAUAUGAUAUCGAUAAAUAGUGCCUCAAAGUGAGCGGUAAAUUUAAAAUAUGUUAUCACCAACUUAAGGAUCCUACAUUAUAUGUUAAUGGUUUCUCAGAGGAGUGUUCGAUCAAACCAGAAGUUCAAUUACGUAAACGCUUAGUGAUUCUAAGCAGUAAAUUUAAUGUUUUUAUAAAAUAAACCAUUAUAUCUUAAUAGUAUUCAGGAUCUUAAAUAAAAAUGAUAAAAAAUGAAAUAAUAAAAUCCUUAUCCUUGUACACUAUUUCACUGGA